AUGGCGCGCGCAGGCCUCCUCCCGACCUAUCUCGCCCUGCUGGUUGCGCUGUUGGCCAUGACGAUCAAGGCCGCCAAGUUCACUCCUGAGGUGCUGCUGAGUGCCCCGCGCCGCUCGGCCGGCGUGCCCAAUGCCGACGCCUCCAAGGUGCUGUACACCGUGUCGACCUAUUCAUUCGCCGAUCACUCCUCGACCGCCGAGGUGCGCGUGCUCGACGUCGCUUCGGGCGAGAGCACCGUUGUCACCGACAACGGCGACGCCUCUGAGCCCACUUGGCUGGACGGCGACAACAUCCUGCUCUUGCUUCCCGGCGCCAAUGGCACUACCGAUGUGUUGGUUGGCCCGUAUGAUGACUUUGCGAACAGCAACUACACUGCUGGCAACAUUGAUGGCUCUGCAAGCGGCGUGAAAGUCGCUUCCCUCGGUGAUGGCAAGUUUGCAUUUGCCAUUACUGCCCUCGCUAAGCCGGAUGGCACUAUCUACAACUCCGAGAAGGCUGCCUCCGUCCCUUCCACUGGCAGGUACUACGAGGCCACCUUCGUUCGUCACUGGGACACGUACCUUACCCCCAACCGCAAUGCCGUUUGGUACGGUACUUUGGCCAAGGACGGCGAGGAGUACAGCUUGUCUUCCCUUGUCAACGCUCUGAAGGGUACCAAGCUCGAGAGCCCUGUACCUCCUUUCGGUGGCACCGACAACUUCGACGUCAGCAGCAGUGGACUGGCCUUUGUUGCCAAGGACCCUGAGCUUAACCCUUCUAUCUGGACCAAGAUCAAUGUUUACUACGUUCCCCUGUCGACCUUCACUGAGUCGACUGCGCCUGCUCCCAUCCAGGUCGAAACUACCGGCUUUGAAGGCCAGAGCACUUCUCCUGUGUUCUCCCCCGACGGCAAGUCCCUGGCUUUCCUCCGUAUGAGAGAGAUUCAGUACGAGUCCGACAAGCUGCAGCUGUUUGUCGUUUCCGAUGUCUCCAAGGCUGUCGCCGUGAAUGCUCUUCCCACUGCCGAUAACACUGGCUCCUGGGACCGCAGCCCGUCGGCUGUGGCCUGGUCUGCUGAUGGCAAGACUCUCUACCUCACCGCUGAGAACAUCGGCCGCGUUAGCUUGUACUCUCUGCCCGCUCCCAGCGGUAACGCCACCAGCAGCAAGGAGCCUACUCUCAUCUUCAAUGAUGGUGCGGUCUCUGAUGCGCACGCUUUGGAGACUGGCGAUGUUUUCAUUUCCGGCACCAACCUCAUCGACAACUCCGUCUACUUCCUCCUGACCCCCGGUGAGAAGCCUGUUCAGAUCUCUUCUAACACCAAGAAUGGUGCGCUUUUCGGUCUGUCUCGUGACCAGGUCUCAGAGAUUUGGUACCCUGGUGCUGCCAACGGCACCAAGAUCCACGCCUGGGUCAUUGUUCCUUCUAACUUCACCGCCAACUCGACCUGGCCGCUUGCAUACCUUAUUCACGGUGGUCCGCAGGGCGCAUGGGAAGAUAGCUGGAGCACAAGGUGGAAUCCCGCUCUGUUCGCCGAGCAGGGCUACGUCGUGGUUGCACCGAACCCUACUGGAUCGACCGGCUAUGGCAAGGCUCUUACCGAUGCCAUCCAGGGCGAAUGGGGCGGUCUCCCCUAUGAAGACAUUGUCAACGGCUUUACUUAUAUUGAGAACAAUCUCAAGUACGUUGACACUGACCGUGCGGUCGAGCUUGGCGCCUCGUACGGCGGCUACAUGACCAACUGGAUCCAGGGUCACGACUUGGGCCGCAAGUUCAAGGCGCUCGUCACGCACGAUGGUGUGUUCAGCAUGGCUGCGCAGCUGGCUUCGGAGGAGCAGUGGUUCCCGGAGCACGACCUGGAGGGCAAGUUCUGGGAGAACCGCGAGUCGUGGCUGGAGUGGGACCCGUCGGCACACACGGACAAGUGGGCGACGCCGCACCUGAUCAUCCACAACGAGCUUGACUACCGCCUCACCAUUGCCGAGGGCCUGGCCGCGUUCAACGUCUUGCAAGGACGCGGCGUCGAGAGUGCGUUCUUGACUUUCCCAGAUGAGAACCAUUGGGUGCUCAAGCCGGAGAACAGCCUUCUGUGGAACACAGCCGUUUUCGAUUGGAUUAACCCCCGCGUCGGUCUGCCGUCGUUGAGCGAGCAGAGCGAGAACGCGGCCAAGGCGAAGGAAAAUGCGUGGGGGAAUAGGGAGAGUGACCUUAACUUGAAGGUUUGA